GCUCCGCAUUAUCACAUUCCGUUUUGGUCGAGUUAACAUCACUGCUGAUUGAUUCGCGCUUCCUCGCAAAGUUAUUUGUCCCGCUUCAUUUCGUCAAAAUCUAAAUAAAGAUGCCUGCCGCUGUUGUUACGGUCCGCUGGCUUCAACCACCCCGCUACCGCGGCAUGGAAGAGACGGUCUCUCGUAGUCGAGUUCGACAACGAGGUCAUCUCAGUGUGGGUGAAGAGGUUCGAGUUCGCUACAAACGUAGCUACUACAAGGCAGAGAUCAUUGAUAAUGGUGUGUCCUCCACCGAGCCAGCCGACCACAGUCUUCCCGUCGAGACUCACAGCCCUGCAUCCUCUACCGGCUCCUCUCUACAUUCUCCUGCUCCAGCGAUAUCUCCGUCAUCACCAUCACUGCUCGACGCCGAUGACGUCCUGUUUCUAGAGCGAGAUGCGAUUCACCUGGUCUCGCCUGUCUCCGACUUUUCCGUCGCAGACGCUGUGGAGAUGAUUGACCUCGACGCUGAUUUCGACGCAUACGACAGCGACAUAUCCCUAAGCGACGGCGAUGACUUCGAGGCCAUGCCCACCUUCAUGACUCUCGAGGAAUCAGACGCGGCCAUCUUGAGGCACGCCCAGCGGUUGAUUGACCGUCGCAUCGGAUCGCGUCCCGGAGCCAUCGACCCGACCAACCCGAGACCGUCCCCCGAUGUCCACACGUGCUCAUCACGUGACAGGAUUGAUUAUGUCACGUCAAGGAUCGAGGGUGUCAUCAAGAGCGCUGAGGACGCCGUCAGAAGCACCGAGGCCUGUUUUCUGUACCUGUCGGACCUGCCGAUGACUGCCCUACAGCGGUUGCAUGCUAGCAUUACCUUCUCUAUGAGGUGCAUCGAUGACGAACUCUUGCCCAUGGUUGAGUCGUUUACUGCCAUCCUUCUGCGCGAGGACAUGCCUUGUCUUCGGUGCCUUGUCGACUUGGGCAAGACGGCCCGGAGGUGUCACUAUGUCAGAGAUGACCUGAUUGUCUUCAAGUGUGUGGCUUCAGGACAGAUUCGCUGCUGUGAAGAGUGAACUGUUGAGAUUGAAAAUUUUCCUGUUAUCUCUGGAUAGAAUAUACCCUCAUAUGAAUAAUGGACUAUGUUUCUUUGAAAUGUUUCUUAGAAAUAACGGACUAAGUUUGUCAAGAAGUCUUCUGAACAAUAUAAUGGAAAAUAAUUUUUUUUUCCAGAAAUGAAAUCAUGUAACAUGCAUGUACUUAUGCUUGUGCCAUUUAGUUGUGUAUGUUAAUGAUGCCAUUGUUUUGUA